AUGUUGUCCAGGACUGUCUGAAGUUCCUGGCCUCAAGCCAUCACCCGCCUCAGCCUCCUGAAGUGGUGGGAUUCCAGGCGUGACCCACCACGGUAGACCCUGCAUUUCUCCUGUGUGCUCACUGCCACACGCAGCUCAGCCUGGGCUGCACAGCCCGGUGUCAGGUGCGUCUCUGCGGACCUGGGUCUGCCUGCAGCGUGGACCUGCAUCUUCCCUGAAGCAUCUCCAGGGCUGGAGAGACGACUGCCAUGCACCGAGGGUUCAUCCAUCUGCAGAGCCCGGGCCACUGGGAGGAGACGCCAUGACCCCCGCCCUCACAGCCCUGCUCUGCCUCGGGCUGAGUCUGGACACCAGGACCCACGUGCAGGCAGGGUCCCUCCCCAAACCCACCCUCUGGGCUGAGCCUGGCUCUGUGAUCAUCUGGGGGAGCCCCGUGACCAUUUGGUGUCGGGGGACCCUGGAGGCCCAGGAGUACCGUCUGGAUAAAGAGGGAAGCACAGAGCCCUGGGACACACAGAAACCACUGGAGCCCAAGAACAAGGCCAGAUUCUCCAUCCCAUCCAUGACAGAGCACCAUGCAGGGAGAUUUCGCUGUUACUAUCUCAGCCCUGCAGGCUGGUCAGAGCGCAGUGACCCCCUGGAGCUGGUGGUGACAGGAUUCUACAACAAACCCACCCUCUCAGUCCUGCCCAUCCCUGUGGUGGCCUCAGGAGGGAACGUGACCCUCCAAUGUGGCUCACCGAAGGGAUAUCACCAUUUUGUUCUGAUUGAGGAAGGAGAACACAGGCUCCCCCGGACCCUGGACUCACAGCAGCUCCACAGUGGGCAGUUCCAGGCCCUGUUCCCUGUGGGCCCCGUGACCCCCAGCCACAGGUGGACGUUCAGAUGCUAUUACUAUUAUAGGAACACCCCCCAGGUGUGGUCCCACCCCAGUGACCCCCUGGAGAUUCUGGCCUCAGGCGUGUCUAGGAAGCCCUCCCUCCUGACCCUGCAGAGCCCUGUCGUGGCCCCUGGAGAGACCCUGACCCUGCAGUGUGGCUCUAACGUCGGCUACGACAGAUUCGCUCUGUACAAGGAGGGGGAACGUGACUUCCUCCAGCGCCCUGGUCAGCAGCUCCAGGCUGGGCUCUCCCAGGCCAACUUCACCCUGGGCCCUGUGAGGGGCUCCCACGGGGGCCAGUACAGAUGCUACGGUGCACACAACCUCUCCUCCGAGUGGUCAGCCCCCAGUGACCCCCUGGACAUCCUGAUCUCAAGACAGUUCUAUGACACGGUCUCCCUCUCGGUGCAGCCGGGCCCCACGGUGGCCUCAGGAGAGAACGUGACCCUGCUGUGUCAGUCAUGGGGACAGUUCCACACUUUUCUUCUGACCAAGGAGGGGGCAGCCCAUCCCCCGCUGCGUCUGAGAUCAAAGUACCGAGCUCAUAAGUACCAGGCUGAAUUCCCCAUGGGUCCUGUGACGUCAGCCCAUGGGGGGACCUACAGGUGCUACGGCUCACACAGCUACAGUCCCCACCUGCUGUCUCUCCCCAGUGACCCCCUGGAGCUCGUGGUCUCAGGACCCUCAGGGGGCUUCAGCCCCCCACCCACAGGGCCGCGCUCCACACCUGGUCUGGGAAGAUACCUGGAGGCUUUGAUUGGGGUCUUGGUGGCCUUCGUCCUGCUGCUUUUCCUCCUCCUCUUCCUCGUCCUCCGACGUCAGCGUCAGAGCAAACACAAGAUAUCAGACCAGAGAAAGACUGAUUUCCAGCGUCCUGCAGGGGCUGCGGAGCCAGAGCCCAAGGACAGGGGCCUGCUGAGGAGGUCCAGCGCAGCUGCUGACGUCCAGGAAGAAAACCUCUAUGCUGCCAUGAAGGACACACAGCCUGAGGACGGGGUGGAGCUGGACAGUCAGAGCCCACACGAUGAAGACCCCCAGGCAGUGACGUAUGCCCGGGUGAAACACUCCAGACCUAGGAGAGAAAUGGCCUCCCCUCCCUCCCCACUGUCCGAGGAAUUCCUGGACACAAAGGACACACAGGCGGAAGAGAACAGGCAGAUGGACACUGAGGCUGUCCUUUUCUCUCCAGGCCCCCAGCCCUCCCCCACCCCCACCAUGUUCCUUCCCUCUCACUCUCCCCCACUGCAGGCUGCUGCAUCUGAAGACCCCCAGGAUGUGACCUACGCCCAGCUGCAGAGCUUGACCCUCAGACGGGAGGCAACUGAGCCUCCUCCAUCCCAGGAAGGGGAACCUCCAGCUGAGCCCAGCGUCUACGCCACCCUGGCCAUCCACUAGCCCGGAGGGGACCCAGACCCCACACUCAGCAGGAGACUUGGGACUGCUGAAGGCACGAGAGCUGCCCCCAGUGGACACCAGUGAACCCCAGUCAGCCUGGACCCCUAACACAGACCACGAGGAGACGCUGGGAACUUGUGGGACUCACCUGACUCAAAGAUGACUAAUAUAGGCCGGGCGCGGUGGCUCACGCCUGUAAUCCCAGCACUUUGGGAGGCCGAGGCGGGCGGAUCACAAGGUCA